AUGUGGAAGAAUUACUGGACACCCUCCCGGUGUGCCAAGAUUUUAAUCGACAAGGAUGCAACCGACCUACCUGCAGAUUUGUUCAUAUACGUGAAGGGUGCGGGCUGCAGGUGGUGGGAUGCCGCGUGGUGGUCUGUCGGGACGCAGCGGCGGGCACGUGCCGAAGGGCCGCCUGCCGCUACUACCACAUUCCCGUGCAGCUGCCUCCGGCCCUCAGGCCCCCGUAACCUCCCACCCCACCUACGCCCCGACACCCUUCUCCUCACCCCCAUUCCAUCACCCCCGAUUCCGACUCGCCCCCGCAUUCCCAGGAGGCGCCGUGUUAGCGGUCAGUCUGCUCGUAGCCACGGCUCCCACCGUACUCGAGCGCCCACGGGAUACGGUGUGUACGCGAGUAGCGGGAUUUUUCUCAGGCACGGUCGUGCGAUUGUGAUAUGA